GUCAGUGUAUGAACAGACAUAACUUUUCAAAACAACAUUUGUUUACUAAAUUUUACGAUGGAUUCACGAUUGUACGAUACCGUGUUAGCUAACCAUAAAAUUUUCGAAGAUAUCAAAGAGAGUUUGCAAGAAAGUUCAAGUGGGAAACUGCAUAAUUUGAUAGACCUAAAGGACGAUGUACUUUACGCAUGGAACUCUAUUGAAAACUGUUUAUUUAGUGUAAAUGUGAAACACUUAGAAGAACACCCUGAUGAAACUCCGUACCAGAAACUCCAUCUUCUCUCUCCGCCGGCCUUCAAAGUUGAGCGUGUGAUGAGUAGCAACUGCGGCAGUCGCCUGUGCCUGUUCGGUUCCCGGGGCGUGACUGUCGCAGAAUUACCAAGCAGGUGGGGACGCGGCGGACUCUUCGAUUCCGGCAGCAAAACUGUGCUCUGCAAGAGCUACUCACUGGACGAACGGUUCCUGUACUCGCAGGGUGAAGUCCGAAGAGUUCAAUGGCAUCCCACCUCAUUGUCACAUAUGCUGGUGUUGCUCUCCGAUAAUACAAUUAGACUUUACAACAUAGCCCUAAAAAACGGUCCGAAACUCGUCAAAAUAAUCACAAUCGGGCAGAAGCCAUCCAGCCAGCUAGCCGGGAAGACGAUCCUGGACAGUCUCGGGGACACUGCGGUGGAUUUCACGCCCAUUCCCGAUUCGGAAUCCCUGCUCAUCCUGAGGGGAGACGGGGAGGUAUAUAUGAUAGAAUGCACUUUGGAUACAAAAAGCCCCCUCCAACCGAAACUGUUCGGCCCGCUUCCGAUCUACCCCCCAGCGGACGACAAUUACGGAUCCGAAUCGUGCUCGAUCUGCGUGUUGGGAGGUGGCGACACUUUGGUGGUGGUGAUCGCCACAUGCUCCGCCGCUUUGUACCACUGCGUACUUCUGCCCGCUCCGUCCGACAAUGAGAACGACGACGGCUACGCAUUGUACGUAAUCGAGUCGGUGGAGCUCAACGUUGUUCUGAACCCGGACGACCUUGGGCUACAACAAUCUUAUCCCGUUCACCUCUACCCGUGCACAAGCAACACUUAUGCGUGCAUGCAUGUGGGCGGAGUUCACACAGUAUCUUUGCCCAUACUGGAACAACUAAAGGAAUAUGUUAUGGCCGAUGAAGCGGAGAUAGAGAGCGCACUAUCGGGUGUGUGUGGUGGGCACAGCUGCGCGCAGCACCUGGUGUGCGCGGGGCGGCCGCCCGCCGGCCUGUGCGCGGCCGCCGGCCCGCAGCCGCUGCUGCUCGUGCUCUGCGCCGACGGCAAGCUGCUCGCCAGAAACCUGGAGCCAUACGAUCUAGAAGAGCAACUUUACAAGGAAAUCCAAAUGAAGAACCCCGACCUCGAACAAGACGAUCUUAAUAAUUUACUCAAAGAGAAACAAAAGCUGUCGUUCACAUCAAUUGUACAAGAGAUCUUAUCUAGGGAAGCAUCGCAGCCUAUACUGAACCUCAACAAGAGUAAGGAGCCCAGCCCGAAGGAGAGUUUGGAGCUGCUGACACAGGCUACGAUGCGUCUCCGAGGAGAGUACAUGAGUCGACAGCAGCGAGCUUGUGACGCACUGGCCAGGAAGACUGCAGCACUCGCAGCAUUGGCUUCUCACCACUCCAGCUGGAGGGACGAACUCUUGGAAGAGCUAGAGCGAGUCAAGGCGAAGACAGAGUCGUUGAAGCAGAAACGUACGCUGGCUGAAAAACAUCAGGAAGACUUGAAGUACAGAUGUUCAGCGGUGGUAAGAAGCAUCCGAGCAUCAACGGGUCCCAGUGCCGCAGAACGCGAGCUGCUGGAAGAGCUUCAGCGAUACCGACGCCGCGGAGAGGCGCUCUCAGACGAGAUCCAGCUGCUGAAGCGACAUGCACAACACAACUCCGAGGAGUUGAAAAGGUGGCACGAGGAGUACAAGAAGAAAGACACGGCUCUAGGCAAGUCCCAUAGCGACACCAUAUCCUCAAUAUUACAGCAGCAAACCAGUCAAAUAGCUUCCCUCAUCGAGGAGACGAAACUCCUCAAGGACCAACUGAGCAUUGUCUAGUUUUAACAGAACAUCCUGUUUACCCGUAAAAUUAGACCAUAACUUAAUUAGUAUCUAAUUACGCCUAUAUUUGUAAUUAAACUUGAAAAAGUAAACAUAGAUAUAAAUACUGUUUUAAAUAAUUCUUUCCAUUAAUUGAUUGUUCAUUUGUAAUUAAAAGACUUGUGCAAAGGUUUCUUACAGCAUAGCAGUCUGAAUCUAAAGUUUUAAAAACAGUAUUUUUAAGUAAUGCCAUAUUAUAAAAAAUAAUAUAAUGAUGAUCCGAUUGUUUUUUUUUUUAAUUUUCAAUAAUUUUAAUGUUUAUAUACCUUUUUUGCCCUACGUACAUUUCAAGUGACGCAAAAACCAAGCCACAAAUUCUUAUUGUAAGAUUGUCACGCACACAUGCAUCCAAUAUAAUUUGCAACCAACAACAUGGUUCUAGGUGCAUACGUGUGCGACCGGAAGAGAACUUUUACGGGUUGAUAAAGAGAGAAAACAAAAAGGGUGCGCGUCAAGCUUUCUUUGUUGAUUAGCUUCAAAAAGUUCUGGAUUGAGAACUGUCAUAAGAGAACAAAAUAUCAAUAUACUGUUAAUUAUCAUUGUUGCAUGAAUAAUAUAUUCACUGAAUCACUAUUUUACUGUUUGUUAAUCAAACAAUAAAUGAACCAAAAUUAUGAUUGUUAAAGUGUUGAUUUCUGAUUACUCUGUGUGCUUAAAAUUGUUUCUGAACUAAGUAUUACAGAGUGGAAUGUUACUGAUUGUGUCAUUUUUCGGAAUAAAUCG